GCAUUCAACUGUUCACAUUGAUAUUGAUGGAUGGACAGCCUGUAGCUAUAUACAUUGCCAGGAGAGGUGCCUGCCGUAUGACUACUAGUGGUGGAAUAUGUUUGUGCAUGGGACAUUCAGAGAUAGUAAGGUGUCAACCCUCCCACACUCAAAGAUGAAACCACCACACACCAACUGCAUUGUGCAGGCAACUUUGAGUACAGGCGACACUGUGGGUACGAUAAACACAUCCGGCACAUGGCAUAACUGGUAAUACCAGUUUCCUACCUGCCUAUAAGACAUGGGCCCUGCGCCGGUUCUUCACUCUGCCGACA